CCCGCCUUUCCAGGGAUGUUCGCAGCCGCGCGUUCGAUAGCUCUGCUCUCGCUUGUCCGCUGCGGCUCCCUCGACGCUGCGCGCGCCUGCGCAGUGGUUGCUAAGAUGGCUGCUGCGCCGGGAGGGCUGCAGGAGGCGGCGCUGCGGCGAAAGGAGCGGCUGAAGGCCUUGCGGGAGCGCACCGGGGCGGCCAGGCAGAAUAAAGAUGACGGUGAACCAGAGGUCAAGCAGCUCAGAGAAGACAGUGAAGAGGAGGAAGCAGCAAAGCACACGGAGCUCAAGUUGAGGAAUUAUACUCCAGAAGAUGAAGACCUCAAGACACGGGUGGUGCCUCAAGCCAAGCCUGCCUCAGUGGAGGACAAGGUGAAAGACCAGCUGGAGGCCGCCAAGCCAGAGCCCAUCAUCGAAGAAGUGGACUUGGCCAAUCUUGCACCCAGAAAGCCUGACUGGGACUUGAAACGAGACGUAGCCAAAAAACUGGAGAAGCUUGAGAAGCGGACGCAACGGGCCAUUGCGGAGCUCAUAAGAGAGAGGCUGAGAGGCCAGGAGGAGAACUUGGCGUCGGCAGUUGACUCGGCGAAACAAGAAGGAAGCGAUUCGGACUGAGGCAGCCUGUGGAGCCGGCUUGGGGAAUGGAUUCUCUUGGUUCAGCCCACAAGGCAGGUCUUGACGCUGGCGAUCUGUUGAGAAGCUUCUUUAAGUCUCCAGCGGACACUGGCUGGACCCGUGAACCAAGGGGUCCCAGCGUACCCCACACAGAUCUACAAAAUGCAAGGGCCGGCUGAGUGUUUGCAGAGACAUUGACCUCUUUCCUGGCAGGCGUCUGGAUGGACUAAUAGCUUGCAAGCUGGUGGGUGAGGCAGGGGCGGGACAGAGCAGCUGCUUGCAGAGCAGAUCAAGAAGGGUGGAAAGGGAACGAUGCCGAAGAAGCCAUCUACGAUCAUUUGCAGGACUGGGGCCUAGCAGUUAGCUUUGGAACCCAGAGGGAAGGUGGGGUGAGAGGUGGGUGGAGUGCAGUGGCCCUGUGCGUGCUGGGUCUGUAUCCUGUCUGCAAGGAGUAGCGUGCGUCUAGCUGGAGUUACCAGUCAGAAACCAUCCGGAUGUGCAGAAAAUCUUUGGGCUCUUUUCAGGGUAAAUUCCAACACGAUUGGCAGUACCUGAAGUCAUCCCCUCAGAAGGCUUUGUGGGUGGACAGGCUGGGUGUGAAUGGGUUACCCACUUAAACUGGCCCCGGAAUGACUUCUGUGAGCCAGACCCUGGACUCUGCAUGUGGGCGUCUCAUUGGCAACGGCUGAACAGCGGUGUGACUAGCCCGUUCCAGUGAACCUUCUUGCUUGUGCACGUGUGUGUCCAGAGGAAGCUUUAAACACCCAAUCCAAUACGUGUCAAGUGUGAGGUUCUAGGAGGAUCUUGGGAAGACAGGAUCCUGGGCCAAGAGUGGCUGGCUCACUUGGCCAGUCGCCUUGAGGUCUUUUGCCUGGGCUUCCCUGCUGACUUGCUUUACGCCUCCCUUCUGAGAGGAAGAGCGAAGGGUUUGCAGCCUCCCCACCUUGUCAGUGCUGCAGCGUGAGCUGAGACACGUGCAGACCUUGGGACAAGGGAUUUGUAUGUGUGGAUGGAAUUUGGCCCCACCCCAAGAAUCCAACCUUGUAGCUGACCCCCACGGCUCCUAGGGGCCGGGACAGCCUUGCAGCUGAUGUGUGCAGUUGGAAAGAUCUGGUUCUUCUGUUCCCCACCUCUCCAGUCUACAGGUCCCCAAGUUUGGGUCCCCAAAUGUUGUUGGACUACAGCUCCCAUCAUCCACAGCUACAAUGGCCUGGGAAUGAUGUAGUCUGGCAUCAUCCGGGGAUCUAAGCUUGGGGACCCCCUGCUGUCGUGCCCUGCAGUGAAAUUGGCCCUCUUGCGACUGUCUUGCAAAGGAAUUUGUCAAGGGGCCUUGUUGCUUUAUGUUAAGGUCUGGGCACCCAAAGGCCAGUUCUGAGGAGGCAGACCCAAGGGGGGACCAGAAGAGGCCUCCUGGAGCAUCUUUAAUGGCCAGAUGGUACGUGGUGGGUUGCUUCAAGACAACCUCUCUUGCCUUGGAGCCUGAGGGGGCUGAUGCUAAGCUCUUCCCUUUCUCAUGUUUUCUGUUCUUCCAAAAUGUAGGUCUCUCCCAAUUCAACCAACUUAUGCUGAGUUUUACUGUUGGGUUUUUUUACACUCUUUGCAAUAAAAUGUUGAUCAACAGUC